AAAAAAUACAAUCUUUAUCAUUAGAAAACAUCAUUGUAACUCAAGUAUUUUUUAACUACGCCCUAGCAACCGAUAAUAUUGCUGUUACAAUUGAACCACUCCAAAAAUCUAAAGUUGUUCCGCAUUGCAAACGUUGCCAAGAUUUUGGUCAUACCCAAAAAUACUGCAACCGAGAGUUUGCUUGUGUAAAGUGCGAAGGAAAACAUGCAACUAAAAAUUGUCCUAUGAGCAAAGAUCAGAAAGCAAAAUUCCAAGAGUUCAGAAGCAAAAAUAUAUCUGCUAGAGACAAACCCAGAAACACAGUAAAUAUCGAUUUAACUGCUGAAAACAAUACUAAGAAGGAACCGCCCAAAAAGGCUGUUCAAAGUAAAAGCGAUGAAAAUAAAGCAUAUUCUCAGAUUGUUAAAAAUGUGCGGAAGAAUGAAGAGACUUCCAUAAAAGAAAUGGUACAACUUAUUCUUCAAAGAAUUAAUAAACAGGAUUUGAAUAUCAAACUGCUUAGCGAAAAAGUCGCUCUUAAAAAACAAUGAUGGACAGAACACUUAAAAUCGCUACAUGGAACGCAAACGGUCUUAUACAACAUUCAUCCGAAUUAAAAAUCUUUUUAGAUCUAGAAAAUAUCAAUAAUGGUCUCAAUGGUGUCCGAAACUUAUUUCUCCAAUGGGCAAAGUCUAGAUUAUGUAAUAAAAAACUAUUCAUGUUACGACGCUCCACAUCCAGCUGGCAAGGCAAGAGGUGGAUCGGCUAUUCUUAUAAAAGAAAGCUCAAAACAUUAUGAAGUAACCAAGUUUACUAGUGAAAAUAUGCAAGUAAAAACUAUUAGUAUUGGUAUGAGAAAGAAAGAGUUUAAGAUAGCAGCUAUAUACUGCCCACCAAGGCGCUCCCCGACAGAAGAUGACUAUACAGAUCUAUUUAAUCUUCUUGGGCAUAACUUUCUUGUUGGUGGAGACUUCAAUGCGAAACACACCCAUUGGGGUUCAAGACUUAUAUAAACAAAAGGCAAAAGACUUUUCCAAGCAGGCCGUAAAUACAAUUGUGAAUUCUAUUCCUCCAGGUCGCCAACUUACUGGCCUUCCAUUACUAACAAAAUACCAAACGUUAUUGACUUUUUCGUAGCUAAAGGAAUCAAACUAAAUCAUAUUAGUGUCGAAGGUAAUUAUGACCUGUCAUCAGAUCAUACUCCAGUGGUUCUAUCACUAAGUGAAUCGGAAGUACUAAAAAAUAAUCAAAAGCUUGUAAAUAAAAAAACAAACUGGAAUGAUUUUAGAGAAAGGCUUUUAAGUUUUAUAAAUUUAAGAUCUCCCAUGGAUACAAUCGUGCAAAUUGACCAUGAACUGGAACAAUUUAUUGCUGAAGUGCAACAGGCUGCUGAAGAAAGUACUCCAACAUUUUCUAAUAGAAGACAAAAUGAAAUAAAAUAUCCUUUGGAGAUAAGAGAGUUGAUAAUAGAGAAAAGAAGAAGAAAAUGGCAAAAUACUAGAUUUCCAAAUGAUAAAACAACGUUUAACCGUAUAAGCAACAAUCUUAAAAAACAAAUUUACAAAUUCAAAAAUGAUUCACUCAAUACAUUAAUUAGGAAUUUAACGACGGGUGCUUCAACCGAUUUUUCGCUAAGGAAAGCAGUCGAGCGCUUAAAAAGACCGCAGUUACAAAAAUCGCCUUUGAAAUCUCAAUAUGGGAAAUGGAUCGGUAACCCGAAAGAAAAAGCUAACCUUUUCGCUGAACAUCUUGGGAAUAUUUUUAAGGCAUACUCAUCAAACGAGGCUGAAAAUAGCUUACAGUUUCUUGAUAAGAUAGAUGAAAGUGAAAUACCAAUUGUAAGACUUAAAGAAAUAAAAAGUAUGUGUUUACAUCAACUAUCCAAUAAAAAAUCACCAGGUUGCGAUCUAAUUACUGCUCAGGUUAUGAUAGAAAUGCCAUUGAAAGCCUUUAUAAAACUCCAAUAUAUAAUAAAUGCAUGUCUUAAGCACCGGUAUGUCCCACACCAUUGGAAAAUUGCUGAAGUAAUUGUCAUACUAAAGCAAGGUAAACCACUAACGGAAGUGACGGCUUACAGACCAAUCGCUUAUACCAAUUAUGGCAAAAGUUUUUGAAAAACUGCUUCUGAAGAAACUUAGCAAAAUCAUAGAAGAAAGAAGGUUUAUCACAAACCAUCAGUUUGGCUUUAGAAAUAAACAUUCCACGAUAGAACAAGUUCAUAGAAUAGCGGAUGUAAUAGAAAAAGCAUUAGAAGAAAAACAAGUAUGUUCAGCUAUUUUCUUAGAUGUUGCUCAAGUUUUUGACAAGGUUUGGCAUGAGGGACUUGAGUACAAACUGCAAAGGGAUCUCCCCAGGGAGUACUUUGAAAUAUUAAAAUCGUACAUCUCAGACCGAUUGUUUAGAGUAAGGUACGAUCAAGAAUACUCGGAAUUGAAGAAAAUAGAAGCCGGUGUACCACAAGGAAGUGUCCUAGGUCCAACCCUGUAUUUACUAUACACAGGGAUAUUCCAGUUGGUAAUCACACCAUAAUGGCUACUUUUGCAGAUGAUACCGCAAUUUUGGUACCCGACAAAUGUGUCUCUAAGGCAGCAGUAAAACUACAAAAUGCCCUCGACACAGUGAGAUCUUGGACCGAAAAAUGGAGUAUCAAGCUCAAUGAAACAAAAUCUUCACAUAUAAACUUUACAAAUAAAAAGAUAAACAAUAUUCUAAUAAUCAUUAAUAAUCAAGCUGUACCUUACGCCAAUACGGCCAAAUACCUUGGAAUGACUUUGGAUGCAAAACUAAAGUGGAAAGAGCACAUCAAAAAGAAAAGAGAGUUAAUGCACCUUGGUACAUAAGAAAUACCGAUCUACAUCGUGACUUACAAAUAGAAAUGGUUACAGAAGUUGUUAAAAAAUACGCUGUAUCGCACAACCAGAGACUGCAAAGUCAUAUUAAUUCUGAAAUGGAGUCCGUCUUGAAUAUAAGAAACCAUGUUUGGAGAUUAAGAAGAACCAAGCCUCAUGAGCUUAUGGUCUAAAAAAAACAUGGGAAAUUAUUAAAACUUUAAACUUCCCCCAAAGUGAUUGUACAAAGUUAAGAAAGAAAAAUCGGAAGUCGAUCCUUCAAGAUUGGUCGAUCCUUCAAGAUGUUACCUUCUGCAACGAGUUAACAUCAAAAUUUGGAUUUAUCUGCAUAAAAAUUCCAAUGCGUAAUCUAUCUUACAUGAAUUCAUUUUUGUGUUUGUAGUCCUACUCUUCAAUUUUAAUUCAAUUCAAUUAUCAGGACAUUUACAAGUUUGACUCAAUUUGCUCUAAAUAUGCAAAUCUAUUUUUCGUAUUUUCAUAAAACACAGCAUUUUUUAUUGUUAUAUUUUACUUAGCCCAAGAUUAGCAAUUGAUGCCAUGCACCUUGUAAUUUAGUUAUUUAGAAUUUAAUUGUCAGUUUGAUAUUUCUGGUAAAUAUUUUAGAAUUCAAGUUGCGAAUGUAGUGAGUAAAGAACUGGCUUUCAUAUGAUGACGGUAUUAUAAUUUUAAUUGGUAAUAAGAACAAGAAGGAUCCAAUUAAUGAAUCAAGGAUGUCCUUCCCUAUGUAUACAUAAAUGCCAAUUAAACUGUGAUGAAUAAAUGAGCAUUUUUAAACUUAUAUAAAUCAGUUAAAACACAUUAUUCACAACACACUUCAAUUUUGCUGGCUAGUCAGUGACUUGAGUAAAUUUAUUGAAAUUUAACACAUUACUUUUAGUAUGAAAUUCUUCAUUCCAACUACUGCUCGGGGCGACAAAAUUGAAUCCAUAAUGUUUUGGCUUUUGAAGUUUAACUGUGUUUGGCCUUUGGCCAAGUAUUGUCCAGAGUACCAAAAUUUUAUUGUAAAUUGCUUAGUUUGGAUAUUGCUGUCAGGCUUUUUUGCAACGUUCUAUGCAGAGUAUCUUUUUAUCAAAGUUAACCAAAAGGACAUAUCACAGGUAGCCGAAGGACUAUGUGCACUUAUAAUAGGAACGCAAGGUAUAGUAAGAGUAUUACACUUGAUCUUUCGUCGCAACAAAAUGAGGGAUAUUUUGCAGAAGUUUUACAAACAAAUAUACAUCGAUAAAAUAGAGAAUGAAAAACUACACAAAAACUGUGAAAAUAGUUUACGAUUGGUGUAUUUUAUGACUUGGUCAUUUCUGCUCACUCUCUUUUUUAUCUAUCUUAGCGCAGCAAUUAAAGUGGCUAGAGAUCCAAAGUCCAAUUCAAAGCCAUAUUUAGUAAAAAUGGAAUUUUUUUACAAUGCUCAAGAACCCUGGAAGUAUGCAUUUACGGUCAUAUACACGGGGUAUGUAGGAUUUUGUACAGCUUGCAUAAUUUCUGCUGAAGAUUUCAUUGUGGGUACUACUCUUACACACUGCGCAGCAAGAUAUAGUAUAUUGCAUGAAGAUUUAGCGCAAUUAUAUGAAAAGUCCCUGAUAACGUUCACAUCACUCAAUCAACAGAAAGCGGAUGAGAUCUACGAUGCAUUUCGUGCUAAUUUAAAAGUGAUUAUUAAGAAGCAGCAAAAUCUAGAUAAGUUCUUUCAGGAGCUCCAGUCAUUUCUUAGUCUGCCGAUAUUUUCUUUGGUUCUAUUUGGAGUUUUUCUAAUGUGCACUGUCGCUUUUGCUUUACAAAGGAACGGCCUUAGCUUGGAAACAUUUCGAUACUUUUUCUGGUUGGUAUCUAUUUGCCUGCAGUUUUUAAUGAUUGGAUCUUUUGGUCAGCGCUGCACAGACGCGGCUGCUCAAAUGUCGGAAUCAUACUACAUGUGUAAAUGGGAAUUUCUUUUAUUCUAUGGCGAUACGAAAGCUAACAUUAGACUUAUUAAAGACAUAAGCUUUGGAAUUUAUCGGUCUCAGAAAUCUUUGCAUCUCAAUGGAAUGAAUUUUAUUGAUUUAUCUUCGAAAAGUAUUGGCUCGGCCAUGAGCUCUUCGGUUUCCUAUUUUAUGUUUUUAAAUGAGAUGGAUAAAAUCGGCUAAAAAAUCACUAACAACUGUCCUAAAAACCAUAAGGAUUUGAAAUUUAGUAAAAUAAACAUAAAAGCUUAAUGCACACACAAAUGCAAAUCACAGAUUUUUAACAGCUAAAUAUGCAAAUUAUUCAAACGUCAAAUUCUUUAAACAAAAACAAGUUAAUAAAAAUAGUUUGAGCUUUAGAAAAUUAAAAAUAAAAGAAAUGUUUGUAUAGAAUUUAAACUUUGUCGAUUAACAAUAA